GAAAUACAAACAAAUGUUCUGUGUCAAUGCAUACAAAACACCGACAGCAGCCCAUCACGUCAUACUUAUUUCGAGUACAUCGUCACUAGAAAGGUGUUGAAAUUUUGUGAUCUUUGUUGAAAAAAAAAUAAAUAAUUUUUUUGCUUUUGACAUUUUUGAUUGAGAAAAUUGUCUGAAACUUCUGAUUUCAAUUCGAUAGUAUCGAAUAGACGUACGACAGUGGCAACAAACGUGAAUCAUUUUUUAUCGUGUAAAGUUUUCCAAUUUGACUUUGUGUCGUUUGUACAUAAACAACAAAGCCCAUUGACACUCAGUCAGUCUGUUUAGCUAUUUUUGAAGUGUCGGUGCUGAAAACAUGUCCGAGUUAUUGGUUGUACCUUUGAAAAAACCAUCCGAAGUGGAUGUUGUUAAGCCACUAAAACAUCUAAUUCAAAGUUCGUACAGUGGAACUGAUGCAAAUGCAGCGGAUCAUUCGGAAGCGAUAAAUGAAUUCAGCAAAUUGAGGAACACAGCCAUUUGGAAAGCGUUCGAAAAAUACGAAUCAUCGUUGGAAAUUCUUUAUGGUUACUAUGAUCAACUAACUGCUUUGGAAGCCAAAAUUCCGGUUCAUGAAUUGCAAAUUCCAUUCAAGUGGAAAGAUGCAUUUGACAAAGGAUCAAUUUUUGGUGGUCGAAUCAGUUUAACAUUAACCUCUUUGGCAUACGAAAAGGAAUGUGUUCUAUUCAACAUUGCUGCAUUGCAAAGUUCUGUUGCCGCCGCACAAAGCACUGACAACGAUGAUGGUCUUAAAUUGGCUACAAAAUUAUUGCAACAGUCGGCUGGAAUUUUUUCGCAUUUGAGAGGUGUAACGCCAUUUGCAAUUCCACAAGAACCAACGCCCGAUUUGAACCCAGAGACAUUACAAGUCUUAUCCAACUUAAUGUUGGCCCAGGCACAGGAAAUCUUUGUCAUGAAAGCUAUUAAGGAUAGCAUGAAGGAUCUUAUCAUUGCCAAAUUAGCUUGCCAAUGUGAAGAACUGUACGCAGAAGCUUUGCGUGGCCUACAGAAGGAUUCACUACGUUCAAUUUGGGAUAAGGACUGGAUUGCAACGGUUGCUGGAAAGCAAGCUGGCUUCCAUGCCAUUACUCAAUUAUACCAGAGUUUGGUUUGUCGCAACAAUAAGUCGAUCGGUGAAGAGAUUGCCCGAUUGCAGAAUGCUGUCGAACUCUUCAAAGCUGCUCAGUCUCGUUCAGGCAAACCAAGUUUGUACGAAGAAUUUGCAUCUCGAGCACAACGCAAUUUAACCGAAUCGAAGAAAGACAACGAUUUCAUUUACAAUGAAAUCAUACCCGAUGUGAAAACACUCGAUGGACCGGGUAAGGCUCAAUUGGCUAAAGCAUUGCCAUACACAACGCCAUUGUCGCCGAAUUCAAAAGAUUUGUUCGCCGAUUUGGUGCCAGUUGCAUUGCAUCAAGCAAUCUCUGCAUCUGAUGCGCGUAAAAAUGAGAUUGUCAACGCUGAAGUUAUGAAAUUGCGUGAGGCAACGCAAAAUUUGAACGGAGUUUUGGCAAGUCUGAAUUUACCAGCAGCAAUUGAAGUUACCAGCGGUAAUGCUCUACCUCAAUCGGUUUUGGAUAAAGCAAAAGACAUACGAGAGAAGGGUGGAAUCGAUGAUUUGCGCACAUUGAUCAAUGAUUUGCCCGAAUCAUUGAAACGUAAUCAAGAAAUUUUAGAUGAAAGCGAUCGCAUGUUGAACGAGGAGGCUGAAGCUGAUUCACGUUUACGGACACAAUUCAAAGAGAAAUGGACUCGUACACCAUCCGAAAAACUAACUGAAAUGUUCCGUUCGAAUGCUGGUAAAUAUCGUGAAAUUAUUCGCAAUGCAAUCACCGCCGAUAAAACGGUUCGUGAUACAUUUGAUAAACAAUCACGUGGAAUGGAAUUGCUGUCGAAACCAGAGUCUGAACUGGAAAAUGCUUGUCCGGUUAGCAGCGGCGGAAACAUUUCGAAUUGUAGCUCUGUGCAUGAAUUACGCAAAUUGAUGGACAACGUGGACACAAUCAAAGCCGAACGUGAAGUAAUUGAAUCCGAACUCAAAUCGGCUACAAUUGAUUUGAAAGAUCAAUUCUUGAGUGCUUUGGCUCAAGACGGUGCUAUCAAUGAGCCAAGCAUUUCAGUUGGUUCCAUUGGAAAGGCAUUGGCUCCAUUGCGUGAACAAGUUAACGAUAGUAUUGCACGGCAAGAGUCGUUGGUUCAUCAAAUUCAAACAGCUCAUCAAGCCUUUGUCAAUGAGACAGGCGGCGGUUCGGGAUCCCGUGAUGCAUUCCUCAGCGAAUUGGCCAGUGCAUAUGAUGCAUUUAUUACGUUGCAAAAUAACUUGAAGGAAGGCACCAAAUUCUACAACGAUUUAACGCAGUUGUUAAUCACAUUCCAGAACAAAGUGUCUGACUUCUGUUUUGCACGUAAAACCGAAAAGGACGAAUUAAUGAAAUCCUUGACCGAAGAAUCGAGCCGAAUGUCAUCGGCACCGGGUGGUCCACCGGUUCCAUCGUAUGGAGCAACUACCGGAGGAUCAUCAGCUCCGCCACAGCCAACUCCAUCACAGCCAAGUGGUUCGGUACCGUAUCCAAGCCAGAUUCAAGGAAUGCCGGUUCCAUACCAAGCCACACCACAAGCUCCAUAUCCAACGUAUGUCGCACCAAUGCCACAGAGUUUCAAUCCAUAUGCAACAUUGCCUUAUCCUGCAAAUGCAUACAACUAUCAGAACUUCCCACAAGGACCACAACCGCAAAACUAUGGCACGUAUCCAGGUGCAUAUGCUCAACAACAACCACAACAACCGGGCGGCUAUCCUCAUCAAGCUCCACCAGGUGGUUAUCCACAUGCACCAAACUGGCCACCACAGUAAAUUUCAUUUACCGCAUAUAAACGAUUGGCAACCAGCAGAGGCACAAAAGAUCCCUGAACAUUUUGCAAACUCUUUUCAAAUCAAUACAGUACUCGCAGUACAUUUGUUAUGGCCAUUUAUUUCUUUUGAUGAAUGGUUCGAAUUAAAAACUAAUAUUAGCCACAAACAUAUGUUUUACUUUUACUUUUACUUUUGUACACGCUACUAACAAGUCUCAAUGUAUAAAAUUUAAAACCAUAGCGACACACAAUUGCAAUUUGAAAAAAAAAGAAAGAAAAAAAAUGAUAAACUCAACAAAAGAACGAAAAUAUCGAAAUGGUCACAUUAAAAUUAUUGUGAGGGAUUUUCUUUUCCUAUUUGUUUUCGUAGUAUUCAGCAUGAAGAUCAAAGGAUUAAAUUUGAGUUAUUAUUGUACGUUAUAAAUUUUCAAUGGAACUUAAAGUUCAUACUUCCAAUUAUAUAAUAGAAUAAUAAAAAUGAUUUUUAAAUAUA